AUGGAAGUCAGUCGACCUGACAUCAUAAGUACACUCAUGCCAAUACCACGACAGAUUUUUGACCAGAUUAAACAGCUUAUUCCUCCUCUCGAUGGUUCUCUUCACAAAGGCCAGUCAGGGAGAGUCGGCGUUCUCGGAGGCGCUUUAGAUUACACAGGCGCACCCUUCUUUGCAGCGAUGUCUGCCCUCCGAUUAGGCGCUGACCUUUCCCAUGUAAUCUGUUCUCCGACUGCGGCCUCCGCCAUUAAAUCAUACUCUCCAGAUUUGAUCGUACAUCCUAUUCUCACAGAAAACUCCUCCCCGGAGGGUGAACUCAAAUCUCUCUUCAACCGUUUGCACGUCCUUAUCAUUGGCCCCGGUCUCGGCAGAGAACCGUACAUGCAACGAUUCGCUUCAAUUGCCCUUUCCGUGGCGAAAUCAAAGAAUAUGUUCCUCGUCUUGGAUGCUGACGCUCUCUUUCUUCUCACACAAGACCCGUCAUUGAUCAAAGGAUACGAGCGUGCCAUCGUCACUCCCAAUGUCGCAGAGUUCAAACGCCUCUCCGAGAGUCUGGGUGUCGACAUUAAAGACAAGGACAGUGCAAUCAGAGUCAGUGAGGCGUUAGGUGGCGUAACGGUACUGCAGAAAGGCAAAGAGGACGUCAUUGCUACUCACACAGAGUCCGAAAACAAUGUCAUGAAUGUUGAUGUAGAAGGUGGGCUCAAGAGAUGUGGGGGUCAAGGGGACAUCCUCAGUGGCACUGUGGGCACCUUUAUGGCAUGGGGUAAGUGCCUUGAGGAUGGUGCCUUUGGAGCCGGUCAAAUACCACCCUCGAAGAUGCCCUUCCUAUCCGCCAUUGGUGCAAGCAUGGUCACUAGGAAGGCUAGUCGUCGAGCCUUUUACAAGGAAGGUCGCAGCGUCGUUACACAGGACAUGCUUCCGGAAAUCGGGAAAGCCUUCGCCGAGGUGUUCGGUGAAGACGCUGAGGGUCAAGAUCGAGGGAAGUUAUAA